AUGACCAGAGAAGAAUAUAUACUUGUUACCAAAACCUCUGCAAAGCAAUCAAUCCUCGCCAAGAGACUUACCGUCAGCAUUGCUCUUUUCAGUCGCAGAUUCGAAGGUCUUCAACUUGCUAUACAAGGCGAUCGUGCAAGAUGCUCUGAACUUCGCUCGCAAAUUUCCAAAGCAGAAGCAGAUCUUGAGAUCCAUAAGAGAGAAAGUAGCCGCUUGGCUGAAGAACGCGCCCAGCUUUUAGCUCAAAAUGCCGAAUUCUAUAAAGAUUAUGACAGGAUUUGGGAUGAAAUUGACCGCGUCCGUCUCGAAUUGGCAGAGUGUCAAGCAAGAGAAAGACGACUCUUCGCUGAAAAAGAGUUCCUGCUCCAGGUACAGGAACGUGAAGUUUAUGAGGUCAACAAUCUCCUAGCUGAAUCCUCGUUCGAUGCCAGAAAGUUCUUUGAAAAUGAUAUCGCUCUUGCCAUCAAGGAGAUUAAAUUCGAGUACGAGGCAUCGUAUAGCAUUGUGCGCACCAAUGUUACAUCCUACUACAAUCAAAAGUUGGAUGAUAUGCGGAGAAUGGCCAGCAAGAACACUGACGAAUCCAAAUUCCGCAAAGAGCAGAUAGCUAGGAUGGAAAAUAUGAUUGAUGACCUCAGACUGAAGUUCCGUCCUCUCGAAGAACGAAAUCAUAUGUUGGAGGGUGAAUACAAGCAGCUUCAAGCCGCGAUAAAGAAGGACGAAAAUCAGUACGAGACUGAGAAGAGGAGUCGUGAAGAUGAAUACAAAAAUGCUCUUGCUAUUUAUCAACGUUUGGUAGGUUGCCUUGAUUAGAU